AUGCCGUUUAUUCAGACUAAGCCCGGCCAGUACGAGCGGCCUUUGGAUGACCUUGAAAUAUUCCAUCGAACUAUCGGUGCCACGGGUGCCACUUUUCAAAAGCAACAAUAUUUCAUCAUUUGUGUCAUCAAGCUUCGCAAUAAACCCGAGGUACCUGAUUUGAAGCAAGCGUGGAAGGCUCUGCGACACCUCCAUCCACGGAUCGCAACCGUUAUCGACGAGACAGGUACCGUGUGCAGAUAUACAGUCCCUACUCCAGAAGUCAUGGAUCAAUGGCUCGAGGAGACUUUUAUCGUCCAUCCAGAAGCUGAAUAUAGUGCCGCUUCCGCUGAGAGAUUAUGUCUAAGCCUUCCUCCAUCUCCGUUUUUCAAACUUCACUGGGUACCUGCAUCGCAAGAGCUUAUGUUCCGGACGCCGCAUUGGCGCACAGAUGGUGCGGGCUUGAUGCUGCUUCAAGAUGCUUUCUUUAGGAUUUUGUCCUCACCAGCUGUAGAUGUCGUCUUCGAUGGAUCUGAAAUCUCGCGCCUUCCACCGACGAUGAACGAUUUACUCUUUUCUGGCCUUAAGGUUACAGAGGAGACCAAAAAGGCUUUUGAUGCUGAGUGGCAAGUGGUUUUUGAUCCCAAGCCAGUGAGUUGGGUCAAACACGCUUUGCCUGAUACGAUCCCAGGAUUUACAGCUCGGCUCAGCCACCGAUUCUCCAAAGACGAGACUACGCAGAUGAUCACUGCGAUCAAAGAACGUGGGAUUACCGUUACGAAUGCUGUGGCAAGUGCUUUCAUGGUCGCAGCCGUCCGUCAUUCGACCCCCGAAGAUGGCCGCUUGAUAAUAUUGAACCCUUUUAAUCUUCGGAGAUACCUCCCGGCUCCUUGGGAUGGCGCAGCGGGUGCAGGCGCAGCGUACCAUACAGGUAGACUCCAGAGUUUUAACAUAGAGGAUGGGAAGGAUUACGAGUCUGCUUGUCGGGCUGUUACCGAAUUUUAUAGUCGAGGCAUUAAAGAUGCAUUCAGCUUUAUGCCGUUGCUUAUCCAAGCUCUUACUUCUAUGGUGGAUACUCCCGCUGAGGUUGCCAAUUCAGGAAAUGGGACAGCAUCUCCAGAUUUGAGCCAGUUUGGCCUCGUUGAUAGUAUACUUCAGACUUCUUAUGAGGGACCGAGAUAUAUCGUUGAGAUUGAGGACUGGUGGGCGGGUGUCGACCUCAUAACCAAGAAACUGCAAGGAUAUACGUGGACGCGUGAUGGUCAGCUACACCUCACUACUCAUUUCAAUGAAGCAUUCUAUCCAGUUGAAACUAUCGAGGAAUUUUUUGAAGAUUGGAAGUCAAUCAUUAUCAAGGAAUUCCUUCAUCAAUGA